AUAUCUUCCGUCCCGCUCGCACAAAUAACAUGGAGGAUCGCUGUAGAAACUGACUUGAGCGUAUUUGUCUUUGUUUACGUGUUGAAUUAAUGAAAGCAGAAAACUGUGGAUAUAACAAGUGCACAAAAAAACAUCCUUCUUUGGGUUAUGAGAUUUUUACAAAGACAUUCUUACAGAAUUACUGCGGAAGACUAAAAUUAGUGAAAUGAAUAACGGAGACAUCGGGGGGUCUAGAGGCAGAGGCCGCGGUUGGCAGCAGCCAGAAAACCAACCGCGAGAGCUUCGGCGCCCGAAGAACGUCGUCGAGGAUGCUAAAGUGGAAGCACCCAAGUCGAACCUGUCUGCGGAGGCGAAGGAAUGGUACCCACCAAACUACACCCCGCAGACAUAUGCUGCCGACCCAGCCCCCUAUAGACCCCAGAGGUUCUCUGUGCAGAAUCGCCUGCGGCAGGUUCAGGACCAGAACCCGUACAACUUCGACACCAUGUCCUACUCGCUUGAGGAGGCUGACAACAUGGACUUGAGGGAGAACAUCGGCAACCUGAUAACAGUGAUGUGCGAGAUAACCUUCGACCCGGGCAAGUUCGACACCCUGUGCGGGCCGUUGGUUGACUCGUUCGCCUCCAUGCUGCACGAGCGGAGUUACACGAGGGCGCUCAUCGACGCCAUCGUCAACCAGUCGAUCGGCGAGCCCAACUUCCGCUACAACGGCGCUCGUCUCUGCUCCAUGUACGACUCGCUCGCCCCGCCGGAGGAGUCCACCUUCCGGGCCUGUCUGCUCGAGCGCUGCUCCGCCGAGGAGAACAAGAUCAUCACCGGCCUCGAGGGCUCGGAGGAGAACGUGCGCGGCUUCGCCAUGUUCCUGGCCGAGAUCUACACCCAGCUAGAAGACAGCCAGGGCGGGCGGAUCCGGUCGCUCGGCGAGAGCCUGUGCAAGGUGCUCCUGCACCUCCUCGACACCGACAACGAGCCCAACAUCAAGUCCGUGUGCCAGCUUCUCAAGCUUUCAGGCAUCGCCCUGGACGCGGACUGCCCGGGCGGCAUGCACGCCAUGUUCGAGCGGCUCAAGCGGCGCGCCGCGCUGCCCGCCGUGCGCGCCGUGCUGGCGCUGCGCCAGGGCCGCUGGGGGCUCGCCGAGCCCCAGAGGGGUCGUUUAGGUACAGUGACGAACGGCGAGCCGCCGGGCGCGGGCGACGGCGCGGGCGCGGGCGGCGGCUUCCUGGCCGACGGGCACUCGCUCACGGCCGAGGAGUGCGCCUUCCUGCAGAGCAACCUGCCGCCCAAGGCCGCCGCCUUGGAGGAGGACAUCCUCGAGGAACUGGAGAACGACGCCUGGGACACAGGCAUGGAUGCCGAGAUGCAAGCCGGCUUCCUCGAGUUCCUCAAGAUAUCCAACCAGAUCAACCGAUAACCUAGGUCUAGGUGUGCGAGCUAAAAAAAAUAUAAAACACAAAACUAUAAAAAGAUUUAUCCCUAGAGCGACCAAGUUUGUAAUCACUCUAGAAGUUGGGAAGGAUUUUUCAAUGUUUUGCCUUAUUCGGCGAGGCGAAUAUGUUUAGACGCAAUCCCCUCGUGUUGCAGGUGUCCAUGGGCGACGGUAAUCGCUUACCAUCAGGCGAUCUGUCUGCUCGUUUGCCUUCUAUAUCAUAAAAAAGUUUUGUGGUUCAUACAAUAAGGCAAUGAUGUCGAUGUUAUGAACCAGCAUUUUUUUCGCGUUUUCGGCCCCAUAGCCAAUCGUUUCGUAAAAAUCGCAAAAUAAGACAAAAUGUUGACGAAUCCUAGAUAGACUAAUAAACUCGCCUGUGUGUACAGCUUAUUUACUCAACGAAUCGAAACUCGAAACAGAGGGCCUGCCGCGAACUAUGUUCGACGUGCUGCCUCUGUCCCACUUGUAAAUUUGUACGUAGGUGUGACAGGGAGGCAACACGUCGAACGUGAUUGGCGGUAAGCCUUCUGAUUAUGCCUUUAACAGACGGUUUUAAAACCCAAAAUGUCGUAGUCCAAGGCAACUGCACCGACUUGGCAAACGAUAGCGUGAAAGUGACACCAUAAACGUGAAAUCUAGGAAAAUAUUAUAUGAAUAAAAGUUUAUAGUGUAACUUACGGUGGUAUUCCACCUGUUCAAUUUCUUGGUCCAAUGUGUAUUUGCGUCUCAAACUUUACUUAAUGAGAGAGUGAGACGCAAUGCACAUUGGACCAAAAAAUUGGACAGGUGGACACACUGGUCGGUGCAGUGUUAAAGUAAGGACGCUAAGCAUGAAGAAUUUAUCGCACGCGCGUAAUUAUAUUGCUAUCCCGCCCAUGAUGCUGGCCGUCAAUGCCACUGUGCGAGCGGGACAGCAAUAAAUUUAUGCUAGUGCGCUAAAGAUAGGAACAGGCGGGUCAAUGUAUGAAAUUAUUCGUGUUUAGUGUCUUUACUUUAGCUUAAAAGGACUACGUGGAGGGCACUACGUACACUGUAGCUUAAUGUUUUUCGUGAAUAAGUCAUUUUAUGCGCCAUCUAUAUAAGAUUAAAACUUCAGACGUAAUUUGAAAUAAGAAAAGUUUUAUUCCCGCGCCGCUAGAUGGCGCCUUUUAGAGUGGUUAGACAAUUGGACAUUAUUUAAGAGCUUUUUAAUUUUAAACAUCGUGCUUGUUUCUUGAAUAGCAUAAUAGGAUUGUCGAUACAGUACAUUCGUUAUACAUGUUAACGGACUUACUGUGGGAUUUACGUGUAAAUAUAUCUAUUGGAUAUUGAGAAAUUGAUAAUGACAUAAAAUAUCUUUAAUUCACCCGGCGUUUGGUUAUUUCCAAAGAAUUGAUUGUACGAGACGUGUGAAGAGUAAGACAAGUUGUGCUUCGAAUUUGACAGAAGAUGGCGCUUUACGGUUCCGUACGUCGUGUGUAUGGAAGGUAGAGGCAAGGAACUGAAACUCCUUAGGCAGAAUGUUUGCAAAAGUGUCUAGCUGUCUAACUAUAAAUAAUAGUUCCAAAAUCUCUCCAGGGUAGCGCUAGAGUAGCUAAGAACCUAGGCGUUAUUGAGUGAAGUGCGCUGUCUAUGAUUAAAAAUUUUUAUCAAGUAUUCUAGGUAUUGUAGCGCCACCUAUUCAUGGUUUUUUGUCGGACACUUUUUAGUAUAUGGAGAUUUUGUUACUUGCCUCUACCUUCUAUAGUCGUGUGGUAACUCUGGCUGUCAACAGUUGACAUUUGACAAUUCAGUAACAACAUAACAUGGUGGUAUAGGAAUCGACUUCAGCCAUCGCGGGCACGUUAUUAUUCUUAGGGCGUCCGCCAGGCGUACGCGGGCGCACUUCAUGGACGCACGCACGCGGGUGCGUGUGUAGGUAAAAUCCGCGCACGCGUCCGGGCCAAUUAGCCACGCUCAUACUAUUUAUUGUUAACCUGGUCACCCGCUCCGUGCAACCGCGCCAUCUAGCGGACGCCCUUAGAAUUUAAAUCUCUUCUACAAUCAAUAACUUUGGUUUUGUCUAUAUUUAUACGUAAACAUGUGGAAUAUUUGCGAUUAUUAUGAAUUCCUUGGAUUAAAUGUAAACAAUUUUGAAUAUAAUUGUUCUAGAAUAACACUGCGGCACACGCUACGUA